AUGCUCUCCCGACAAGCCCUCCGCACCGUCCGGGCCGCUGCGCCUGCGCGUACCGCAGUCUUCCGGGCGGCGCCCUCGCGGACCUUUGCCGCGGCCGCCGCCUCGGGCAACGAAGGCCAGCCCCCCGUCGCCGUCUUUGGCGUCGAUGGCACCUAUGCCACUGCCUUGUACACGGCCGCCUCCAAGUCGUCGACGCUCGACCCGACGGCCCGCGCCAUGGCCAACCUGGGCAACGUGGUGGAAAAGGACGCCAAGCUGGUGCAGAUCCUGUCGACGCCCACGCUGACAGCCAAGGACAAGUCGAUCAUUGUUGGCGAGCUGACCAAGCUGGCCGGCGGCGCCAACGAGACGGUGAAGAACUUCCUCGACACGCUGGCCGAGAACAACCGCCUCGGCCUCCUCCAGGGCGUCUGCGGCAAGUUUGGCGAGCUCAUGUCGGCUGCCCGCGGCGAGGUCGAGAUGACGGUCACGAGCGCUCAGCCUCUCGAUAACAGGACUCUUUCGCGGCUGGAGAAUGCCGUCACCAAGUCCGCCUACGUCGGCCAGGGCAAGAAGCUCAAGGUCACCAACACGGUCAACUCGGACAUUGUCGGCGGCCUCGUUGUCGAGAUUGGCGAUCGAACCAUUGACCUUAGCGUCUCGUCGCGCCUCACAAAGAUGAACAAGCUCCUGUCCGACAGCCUGUAA